CAAAGUUCUGCUGAAUGCGAAUAUUUCUAAGUUUGUCCUUUUCCUCCGACAUUAGAUUGGAAGUUAUCAUCGGGAAGCAGCGAAGCUGGCUACAGACCGAGACAGACAUCGUGUACAGUCGGGUGUUUUCGGAAGUCGCCUCGGCUCGGGAGAGGCUGGAGAAGCGACUCUGUGCCGUACAUUACGUCACACAAUUCGUCACCGCGCUAAAGAAGUACGGUAACGUGGAACAGGCGGAGUCUCUUAGAGAUAGUCUGACUUCCAAGAUUGCUGAGCUGCUCUCUUCAGAACAGGAACAAGAAAAAGUGGUAGGUAACGGGAAAAUCGGGUUUGAACCGGAUAAGGAUCUACUAUCACAUGUCACAAAGGGAAUAGGUAAACUGAAGCAACAAGGCAACGAUCCGGUUUCAAGUCCUGAAGAAAGUCUUCAGGACUUGGAGGUACACUCAGAGAGCGAUACAACAAAAUCAGGCAGCCGUAAAGGUAGUUUGGUCAACGCAACUCAAACAGAUUGUCAGUUAGAAAACGGACUUGCUGAGGAAGAUGGUACUUCGAAUGUAAGCAGAGAACCAGACAAGUUGUUAUGGGCGAUCGGCCAUGGCGAGGAUGAUGACGUCAUCAAGUUCAAGAAUCCCUGUGGGCUGGUGGUCACCAAGACUGGUGACGUCAUCGUCGCUGACCAGGGAAACCGAAGGCUGGUGGUCUUCAACAAAAAUGGCAAAUUCAAAACCAAAGUAGGGAUGGACAUAUCGCCAAAUGAUGUCGUUGUGAACAGCGAGGGUCAAGUCGCAUCAACGGGGACGAAGGGGGAGGGAAGGAAGAAAGAAGGGGAGGUUCAAGUUUGGAAACUUCACCGGAAAAGGGAGCACGAACUUGUGGUACAGUUUGGAGCGGGGAUUUUGAAGAACCCGCACGGCAUCGCUGUGGACAGUCAGGGGAGAUACGUCGUGGCGGACGUCGGCAAACACCGCGUUACGAUCCACCGCUCCGACGGUGGCACCCUCAUGUCCUUCGGCGAACACGGCGACGCCAACGACCAGUUCUACCUGCCGUAUUACGUCGCCGUCACCGCGUCUGACGACAUCGUCGUCUCGGACGAGUUCCAGAAAUGUCUUAAAGUGUUCAACUCAAGGGGAAGGUUUCUCCGUAGAAUCGGACCGAGGUUGAAACGAGACUUCUACAUUCAGUGUCCGGGAGGUGUUUGCGUCAUGAAUGACGUCAUCCUUGUGGUGGACAUUUUUACCGGCGACGUGAUAGCCAUAUCUGUUGAGGGAAAGUUUCAGAGAGUGUUUUUGUCACAGAAAGACGGUUUGAGCUAUCCCCAGACGUUGGCAGUUGGACGUGAAGGACUUCUUGUCGUCACAGAUGGUACCUUCUUCAAAGGAACUCACUGUGUAAAGGCCUAUCGUCUGGAGGAGCUCGGUGCGUCACAGACAAAGAAGGAAUUAUCAUAAAGUGGGACACUUCGUCUUCCACAGUGACUGUUUACAGAAAGUACGCCAGACCCAAAACCUUUAAGAUUGUAGUUCGUAGCAGCACUAGUUUUUAUUAGAAUAGUCACUUGCUCCUCGUGUCAACGCUGUCAUCUUGCACUGACUAUAUACUUUUGUAUAUGUUGCAAAAUGCUCUAAAGCAAGAGCUUGCAAAUAAAAGUUAUAAUGUAGACGUUAUUUUCAACGAUGGCUUAUACCACAGACGAUAUGGUAGUGGAGAGGCAUUACGUGAGAAUCAUGCAAAAUUUCUUUCCACAUAUUGCUUCCUCGUUCUAUAUGAUGCAAAAAGAAAUAUCAAAGGAGUAUGGUUUGAGACCAGUUAACUACGCUGGAAUGUUAUCUUGCUUAUUGAAACACUGAAUCAAACUGGGCACUUGGGUGUUUGAAGGUCUACUCAAUAUUAAUGUUAUGAACAUCUGAAGUGAGUAUGCCAUGGGGAUUACUUAGGCUGUAUUCAGUAGAUCCCUUUAAAAUCUCAUUUUGUUAAUACGGAGCUUUAGGACACCCAUUGCAUGGCUCGAAUUCCUUUUUUCUGCAUACCUGCACUGGUGCAGAUAACAUUGAAAAUUACCUGCACCAGACAAAUUUUA